AUGUUUUUGUUCUCAUCAACGGCGUCACUGGAAACGGUGUUCCGUCCAUGUGAUAUAGCGGAGGCGGGCGAUGUGCACGUUAUGGUCGUGGGAACCUCGGAAGGGGGCAUACACCUCAGUACCAAUGGUUCUUUCGCCAUUGGUACGGUGAACCCUUCGUCACGGGCAGAGGCAUCAUCAGUCCGGCUAUGUGGGCACAGCUCUCGCGCCGAGUCAUCAACACACAUGUUGCUGGUCCAGCCCCGGGAGAGUGAUGGUACAACCCUCUCUCUUGUGCCGAUGUACCUCGGUUUUCUCGACCACUCACCCGUCAAUUUGUCGCUCCUGGCGUCAAAAACAACAAACUUGCAAAAUCUGCUGCGAUACCUUAAAGCAACGCAGUCACACAUGGUCAAUGAGUGGCAAUCUACUAGGGAGCUGCCAAAACGGUUCAUGGCCGGGGUCCAGGAUGAUCUUAAGAAGCUGGCCAACGGAGACAUGACGGUUGUGGAGGCACUGUAUCAUACUGUUGUGACUGGACAUGUUUUUGAGCCUGUGAAGGAGUGGCUGGUUGACACGCUUGGCGAUCGAGGCCAUAGGCGUUGGGAAAAGGCCGUGGUAUCCGGCCUAACCGGCCUUCGCAGUCUCGUUCACGAAAACUUCAUCCCAGCCUUGGAGAGAUGCGGCACAAUCCUUAGCCGUUUGCUCGGUCUCGCACGCUUCCACGACCCCGAGGCUGGGCUGGGAUUCGACGAAGCGCAAAUCAACAAGCUCGUGGACAUUGUAACGAGUCUUAUGGUGGUAGCUAACAGGGUGCUGACCAGUGUCAUGGAUGAGCUGGAACACUUUAACGCAUUUUCUACCUGGCUUCAUAUGGAGAUUGACAAACAAUCGUCGUCGUCAGUGAGUGAGGAGCUGACGGAGAAGGAGGCGACCAUGGACCACCCGAAAGUUCUGGUGUACAUCCAGCAUUACCUAGCCAACAGCCCAUUGUCGCUCUAUUUUGACGAGGCCACCAAGGAGGAUUACCUCAACGAUCGGGAAUUGUUGGCUCCCGGUCUUUCUCUACUGGAUCUUCUCGACAAGCAGUUGCAGGAACAGGAAGCCGGGCGACGCUCCAUGAAGGUCUUGCCUAGGAUAAGCUUCUUACUAAACUAUCUGACGUCCAAGGCCAGCGCGGUGUUUGACGGGAUUGCGGAAGCACAGCGGCACGGUGUCAAGUUUGGCCAGGCUGUCGGUCUCUCCAUCGGGAAAAAGAUAUGGAAGCAUGACUUGUGGAUGGGCCGGUCGAGGAAGAAGGGCACGUCCGCACCGGUCUUUACGGCUAUAGUCCCGGAAGACGACAAGUCAAAAGUGUACAUCAUUCGCUCUGAAACACCGUUAGGCAACUCGGAGGGUGGGCCUAUUUCGGCCACGGCUUGCGGCCUCGGACUGCCCGAUGGCGUGGCCAUUGUCGACUUGAAAUACCUUGACGACAAGUCCUUGUUGAUAUUAUGUGCCCAGAAAGAAGAACCCAAAUCGGUCCUGUUGAGGGUGGCAUACCAAUCAUCACACAUGCCCUAUCGGGAAUACGCAGAAGGACAGGCACCCACCGUGCUAGAGCUUGAUGGCACAGGAAGUGAGGGGGUGACGUCGUGCUUUGCCUUUUCAAGCAUAUCCGGGUUUACGCCAAUCCAGCUAGAGGUUCAAAAAGCAAGCAAGUUGAGAGGUGACAUGCCGGCGAGGGCGUGUCUGUUGGGGCGCGACAGGGCUAUGGUUAAGACGUAUGCGCUGCCGGCGGAUAUGGACGAGGGCAAGGGGGUGUUUGAGUGA